AAUAAUUAUUUUCUUCUUCUAGGAAUGGUUUAGAAUAUAAAACAUGCAACAAUACGUGACCAUAUGUAUAUGCGUAUAGAUUAUGUAGAUGAAAAAGACAUCUUCUCGUUAAAAUUAUUUUUGAUUGAGUUGCACAAUGCCUUACAACAAAAAUUAAAAGCCAAACGAUUUUUGAAAUCCUGUAAUGUAUGAACUACCAUGUGUUAUUGAAUGUAAACCGUAUGACGUUGUGGUACUACACCUACGGUUAAAGGCCAUGUGGAAAAGAGAAACAAUUUGUAAACUUUCAAAACGGUAGACUCAAUAGGACCAAAAGGAAAAGAAACACGUUCUGAGGCCUUAGGACCAGAUAUUAUAUACCGUCUUGAUGAAUCUGUCUCCGGUAAUUAUAUCAGCGCUGGUUCAAUUCUGCCUGGGAUUAGGGUGGUAUGAUGGAUCUGGUUACCAUAUAUUCACCACUAAAUACCUGAAGAAACACAUACCAAGGACAUAUCACUCAUCAACUUUUCCAUUAUGGAAAAAACAUUUUUUCUGGAGAAAAAGGCGGAUGGCUGAGACGGGAAGUAAUUAUAAACAAAAUGAUGUUUUUCUUUUCAACAGAAUACCAGCCAGGAAAAGAUUUUUUCAAUUUUCACCUUAUUUUCCAAGUCAUUCUGAAAAAUUAAGAAGCAAAUCAAAUUCUGAAGUUCGCAAAGAUAAAUCUAGAGUGAGAUUUAAUGACUUAACAUUCUAUAGCAAUGACUAUGCUAGUAAUGCAUUUGUUCGUCGUAACUUUAUUCGUCCACCGUAUUACAUGUUUCAUUUAAAGUCUCCCCUUAUGUAUUUAACACAUCUAAAUGACGUAGGUCAUAUGCAUUCAGGCACGUCCGAAAAUCAACCAACAAAUGUUAACAAAGCAAGAGAGUUAUCCAGAAAGCCUCUUUUAGAAGAUAGCUUACGUUUACUUAGAAGUAGAGGUAGUACUAGCUUAGAUAAAAACUAUGAGUAUACUGAUCCUAUGUUAGUUCUUGAAAACAGUAAUACAAAUAUUUUAAAUACGGUAGCUAAUUUUAGAGGGAAACAACAUUCACAAAUUAUUAAUCCUGUAUCGAAACUAUCGACAAAUGAAGAGAACUUUGAAGAUAGACCGAACAAUGUUCCACAGCAACAAUUUCAAGCUUCACGAUCCGUAUUUGAGAAUUUACAUGAAACUAUAAAUGACAGGAUAUUGAGACCGUAUCUGAAAAGCACAGAUGUCCAACAAUUAAAAGAACAUGGCUUUGGAUAUUUCGACCAACAAAAACCAGACAACUCUAAUAAAAAUGCUGAAACUUCACAUCAUUCCAACACUGAUUUGAUAAAAGCACUUAAUAAUGGUAACGAUAUUGAAAGUUCUGUUUCCAAUAAUAAUGGUUUUCUAAGUAAAAAUGAUAACCAACUUGACACCUUUAUUUUAAAAAAUCAAGAUUUGUACUUUGAAAAUGAACAUAGUAAACAUUCUGGUGUUUUGAAAAUGGAUAUACAUGAUGGUAAGGAUAAAGAUUAUCCACAAGAGCCGACUAUUGAAACAUUUCUUCCGUCGAGUAAUUCAGGCUUUUUUAAAAUGGAUGCAGAAUCUGAAACUUUUCCCGAAAAACAUCCAGGUUUUUCGGAUAAGGAUAUCUUAUUAAAACCAACUUUAAAAGAAAAUGCAGGAACGCUAACAGAAUCAAGUUUUGGUAAAUUAAAGGAUUAUCCAUAUUUUCCAAUAACUUUUCACUCGUCUAACCUGGCAAAACCGACAGCGCAGUAUGAAAACCAACACUCUAAACACAUGUUGAACAGUUUUGGAGAUUUUGACACAGAACAAGAAUUACCUAGUAUAAAUGAAAAAUCCUUCUUGAAACCAUUAUAUAAUAAUAAUCAUCCCAAAUCCAGAUCAAACCAAUUAGGUUUUCAAUCUUCUAUACCAACAGAAAGAACGUUAUUUAAUCCAAGCAACAUACAUUUCCACAAUAAGCCUUUAGAAUUUCCAAAUCAAGGAUCAAGAUCAUCUCAUCUGAUGGACGGAUCUGAUACUGGUAGCGGAUUUCAAGAUAGUACAGGUGGAAUGUUCGUAAACAUGGCAGAAGAAGGGUCCUUUAAUAAUGAAGAUAGUGGAUGUAAAGGUAUAACCACACAGACAUGCAAUGAUGACAAGGAGUGUAACUGUUAUGGAAGCUUCUUUUGCAUUGAAGGAAAAUGCUCAAUGAUGACAGCAUCAAAUAGCGAUGAUACAGCAAAAAGUGGACAGUUCUGGGAGUGACAACGUACAGCACAGAAAACAUUUGUUAUUAAAUUGUUUAAAAUUGUUUACUGUUUGAAAUUUAAAAAAAAUAUCUGUUAACUUGUAACGAGAAUGUCAAAAGUAUACAAACACGUGUUUAUGAAUUUUAAUAAAUCUUUUCCGACGGUA